AAGUUUAUCCUCGCUCGUCGUUCCUCAUUUAGUGAGGUGCGCUGGAACCGACAACCGGUCUCGUUUUAUAGUUCCUAUAUUUAAAUUUUAUAUAAAAAACUAAUUCAACAUGUGCGACGAGGAAGUAGCCGCGUUGGUGGUGGACAACGGAUCCGGUAUGUGCAAGGCCGGGUUCGCGGGCGACGAUGCGCCACGCGCCGUCUUCCCCUCGAUCGUGGGCAGGCCGCGCCACCAGGGCGUCAUGGUCGGCAUGGGACAGAAGGACUCGUACGUCGGCGACGAGGCCCAGAGCAAGAGAGGUAUCCUCACGCUCAAGUACCCCAUCGAGCACGGCAUCGUCACCAACUGGGACGACAUGGAGAAGAUCUGGCAUCACACCUUCUACAACGAGUUGCGAGUCGCGCCCGAGGAGCACCCCGUGCUGCUCACGGAGGCCCCCCUCAACCCCAAGGCUAACAGAGAGAAGAUGACACAGAUCAUGUUCGAGACCUUCAACACGCCCGCCAUGUACGUAGCCAUCCAGGCCGUGCUAUCUCUGUACGCGUCCGGUCGUACCACCGGUAUCGUGCUGGACUCUGGUGACGGCGUCUCUCACACGGUGCCCAUCUAUGAGGGCUACGCUCUGCCACACGCCAUCCUCCGUCUGGACCUGGCCGGCCGCGACCUCACCGACUAUUUGAUGAAGAUCCUCACAGAGCGCGGUUACUCAUUCACCACAACGGCCGAGAGAGAAAUCGUCCGUGACAUCAAGGAGAAGCUGUGCUACGUCGCCCUCGACUUCGAGCAGGAGAUGGCCACCGCCGCCUCCAGCAGCUCCCUCGAGAAGUCCUACGAAUUACCUGACGGACAGGUCAUUACUAUCGGCAACGAGAGGUUCCGUUGCCCGGAGGCUCUCUUCCAGCCCUCGUUCCUGGGUAUGGAGGCCAACGGCAUCCACGAGACGACGUACAAUUCGAUCAUGAAGUGCGACGUCGACAUCCGUAAGGACUUGUACGCCAACACUGUGUUGUCCGGCGGCACCACCAUGUACCCCGGCAUCGCCGACCGUAUGCAGAAGGAGAUCACCGCACUGGCUCCUUCCACCAUGAAGAUCAAGAUCAUCGCGCCCCCGGAGAGGAAGUACUCCGUAUGGAUCGGAGGAUCCAUCCUGGCUUCCCUCUCGACCUUCCAGCAGAUGUGGAUCUCGAAACAGGAAUACGACGAGUCCGGCCCCUCAAUCGUGCACAGGAAGUGCUUCUAAUUCUAAUCGCCCAAUGAGACUAUUCCUAAUGAUGCCCUGCACAUAGACCGCGAUCGGGCUCAAACUACGCUUGUAAUAUAUUAUUGUAAGAGCAGUAUUUAAAUAGGUCGUAAGGUAACGUAAUAUGCAUAUUACGUAAACAAGGCGGAUAGCUUUUGCUUCCGUUGUUGACAAAUGACUUUUUGAUUAAUUUAUUAAGCGUUACUAACCUCAUCAUUUUUAAUAAAAAAAUUAUUUAUAUACCGGUAUAAAUAUGUAGUUUUCUU